AACAGUGUGAGUGAAAAAGGAAAGGUCGUGACGUGGAUUGCUCACACGGCUGGAAUGCGGGGGCUCUUCAUGGUGAAGCUUGUACACAUCUCACAGUCCAACAGUCAACAUGGCGUCGGGCGUGGCAGUAGCAGACGAGUGCAUGCGAGUGUAUGAUGAAAUCAAAAUGGGCCACAGGUGGCUGUACAUCAUCUACCGUGUGAGCGAGGAUCUGAAAACAAUCAUUGUGGAGGAGAAAGCUGGCCAUGAUAAAACAUACUCAGAUUUUGUCGAGAAACUGAAACAAGCAGAAGCCAAAAGACAGUGCCGAUAUGCAGUAUUUGAUGUACGAUUUAUGCACAAUGAUAUUCCACAGGAAAGGCUGGCAUUCUUUUUAUGGAGCCCUGACACUGCAACCAUCAAACAGAAAAUGAUUUACACCAGCAGCAAGCAGGCUCUCCGCAACAAGAUGCGAGGCAUACACGCAGAAAUCCAGUGCACAGAAGAUGCUGAUCUCACCAUGUCCAACAUCCUUGAGAGAAUUUGCAGUAAAUACACAUGACCCCAUCUCAUACCAUGUUUCAUGAACCACUUCCAUUGUGAUGGCUUGGUCACAUGACCAAUGCCAGGUUGUGUGAUCUCACUGACCAUCCUCAAUCAUGUUUUCAUGUUGCCUGUUUAAGCUUCUUUGAAAAAAAAAAAACCAAAAGCCAUGAAGUUUGACUUAGUAGAGAUGUAACUAGUUGCACUAAAUAGACGCUACUAAACUUUCAAAAUACUUCCAUUGUGGAACAUAUUUUUUAUUUUU